CUCAUCAACAGACGCCAUCCUCUGUACAAUACUGUUGUUUUUCGAUUUAUUUGAGCAUGUCCCCUGAGAGGCAUUAUUUUUGGAGUGGUGUCACAGAUACACAUCCAAGAGAUCCAAGGUUAGCACCCGAAAUUAAAAUCCCACGCGGUGCGGACACAAAAAUUAGACUUGGUUACUACAAGAUAUACGGACGAAGCUGGGUUGACGCUCCAGAUGCCACCGUUUUUUAUCCUGCAAAGCUCAUAGCUCGUACACUACUUUUAGUUUCUCUCUCUGCUGUCAAAAAAUCAUCCAAAAGGCGUUAUUAUACCAAGCUGCUGGCCGAGCAACUUUUGAACAUUGGUGUCCCGGGACAUGAGCAGCCAGCUGUUCUUGAGAAACUAUUUGGUGUGAUUGAUGUCACCGUCCCUGGGAGGCAUAUUAUUGUGUUCUUAGGGGAUGUGACCAUCCACCUCUUGGACAAUGCAAGUAAUCUUGGCGCAGGGGAUGUCACUCUACCCUUAUGGAUCAAUGGAAAGUAUACUGAUGAUCAGCAAAUUAUGCUUCAAAGGCUUACAAUGGAAUCCAGGUAUGAUGUCCCCAAGGUUACUCCUGCAACUAAAUCUUCCAUUGAGGACUUGGAGAAAGUGAGACUUGAUAGUUUGGAAGUUACUGUUAGACAGAUGCCAUGUACUAUUUGUAUGGAGGGCCUUGAUACCUCUGGUGAUGUAAAAAAAGGGAUUGAUCAUCAGCAGCAUGUGAUUGCUCGCUUGCCUUGCUUGCAUAUCUAUCAUGAAGAUUGCAUUGUCCAGUGGCUCAAGACUAACCACAGGUGUCCCUUGUGCCGAUCCCCAAUUGUGGAAUUGCACAAGGCAUCAAAACCCCCAUUGAGGCUGCAUUGGUCAUUGCUCAUGAUGUCUGCAGUUGGUAUGCUGACUGCUACACUCAUUCCCAGAUUGUUGAACCGGAGCUAAGGAUGAAAUAUCAGCAAAUCAUUUAUAAUGCAGUGCUAGUGGCCAUGUAUUUGGCUUUUAAAUUAGUCUUCAAAGCAUUUGGAUUUUCUGUAGAUGGAUGAAGAUAGAAUUUAACUUAUGUUGUGUGUGUGUGUGUCUGUGUUUUAUUACAACUUUCAAGUGUCUGUGGCAACUAAAUGAAAUUGAUCUGAAUAAACUUAGUGUUGAAGUUUUAA